AUGACAACGACGGAUGUUGCAACGGGCGAUGCGACCAGAGGACCGAAUGACAUCAAAUCUUCGGAAAGGCGUGGCAGGCUCGCAGGCGACAAAGUGAAGACACGACGCAUCCGUGACUCGGAUCAAGAAUCGAGUGACGAAGAAGGUGCGCGUGUCGGCCAAUACCAUGGCAGGAUUGUCAAGAAAUGGAUUCAAUAUCCGGCAGAUGCCGACCACCCAAAAUAUGGCGAAUUUCAUUCCCAGAAGGAUAACGAAGAGCGGAACCUUAUCCAUCGAACAAUCAGAGAACUGUCUAGGAAACAGAAAGACCUUCCACCGCACGCCCUAACUUUCAUCGAGUCCUUGGUAGUCGAUUCUCCCGACCUAUUCGUCGCUAAAGACUCAGACCAAAAGGUCCCAAUGCUUGAAGCCGCCAAUUCCCAGGUAGCCAUCCUGUUUCGGAUAAUCAACCUCCUAAUACCGAGCGAGAUUCGCGAUGCUAUCAAGACCGAGUGCCAGGACGAGAAAUCCAACUGCCCCUUACAAAAGGUGGUCCUGGCACGCCGAAAACAGUGCAGCAUCAAUCCAGGAAAGGCCAGUAAGGCCAGUAAGACUGACACCAUACAGACUGCUGAUCCUGAGCAAGGUCUUGAUUCUACAAGAACGGAAAUCAGUGGCAUUGCAGAGAGAACCGAAUGUCUUCACGGCCAGGUCGACGUGAAAAGGCUCUUGGAAAAAGACCAUCAACUGAGAAAGAAGCUUGUAGCUGCUCUGAAGCCUCACGAGCAGGCUCAGUUAUGUCUCCAGUCGCUCCUAGUGGACACCAAAUUCGACAAGGGUCAGAAGAAAAGCGACCAAGUCGUCCCGUUGCCCGGAUUCAAGACCCUUCUUCAACUCUGCCCUGAUGAUUUGUUCAGCAACCAACCGAGCAACGGGUACACUCCUCUGCAAAUGGCUGUCAAGCUCUACGGCACCGAAGACAUCGACUAUGAUCUUCUCUUCUUUGUCAUUCAGGCUUUGAUCGACCGAUGCCCGGCUUCCAUCUUUUUGAAGCAUAAGGGCGAAAAGAAUGCGUAUAAAUUGUUAAAGUCCUUGGAUGAGGCGAAGUCUACGAAGAAUGCCAGUUCGCGAGCGCUGGCCGAAGAGUUGCUGAAGAGAAGCUGCAUUGGCUUUCCAGAAGGUUUAGGAGAUGCAAGAUCGGUCUUAGGGGGUGAGAGAAAUGAUUCCUGGGCGAAGAAGAUGGACUUCCUCUACUGGGAUGCAAAAUUAGGUACGUCAGCCACAACUCUGAGAGAGCUGCUCUUGGCCUUGCAAAAGAUUCUGGAGGGCGACCCUAACUCGCGGGUAGAGCAGCGAUUCUACCUCAACCUAACAGGGGAGUCCGUCAUGCUCGACAAGGCCUACAUUAAUACAAUAAAAAAUCAGUCCGGCCUGCGUCUCGAAACUGUGUUAGAUUUUGUCAAGUUGCCUUACUGGAAGCCACAAGACCGGAAUUCACGACUGAGCUCCGCGAAUGCGCGAUAUGGGCAACAUCAGAAUCACAGUCCUAGCGAAGGGAAAGAUGUUGGCGAGCCUGAAUUGCCAACCCUCGAUCCCUACGGGGCCAUGUUUGAUUGGCUAUGGGGUUGCAACGUACGCAAAAUUUUCACGAUCGACGUCGAUGACGACGGUCCGGAGCCACACACCAAUGCGUCUAUUCGUAAAGCCUUCAGAGGCGAGAAUGACAGUACCAACCCGACGCGAGAUUUCGAGGUCGAAGUUUGGAAAUGGAAGAAGUUCGACAUCUGCGCUGAGACUGUGGCCACGGCGGCUCCGAAGGCCCAACAUAUCUAUUUCUAUUCCCGCGGGAAUACAGCUGUUCUACGGGGCUGGGCCAGUAGCCCAGGACAGCUUGAAAAGUUGAACAUUGAGAUAUUUCCAGAGAACGUGAACGAUGAAGAAGAUUGUAGGGUAUACGAGCCAAACUUUAAGGAAACCCUCGCACAAAACUGUGCACGACUCAAGAUUGAGAACAUUUCGGUGAAGAAUCACGGUUACCGGAGGGACCUUGGAGCAAAUGAAGCUGGCAACGAAGGGAUGAGUGUCAGGAACAAAGGCCAGUCACGGCACGAACAAAGCACGCCCGACACAAACGCAUGGAUAGGGUAUCUCUUAAACUUCAAGCAGUUCAUGCAUAAUCUUGAACUCAGUAACAAGCCCUCUAUCAAAGUUGCACUCCUAGACGACGGUGCCAAGUUGACUGACCUUCAUGGCCAACAAAAUGGUCGAUCGUUCCGCGCAGACAAGGAGGAAUUCUUUGUUGGGCCAUGUGAGCAUGGUACGGCCAUGGCACGCUGCAUACGGGAGGUCUGUCCAAUGGCUGAGCUGUACAUCGCCCGCCUGGACGAUUCAAGACAUGUGGAGAACCAGAAGUUCACGAUCACCUCCUGCCACCAAGCAUUACAAUGGGCUUUGGACAUGGAGGUGGACAUCGUCUCUAUGAGCUGGACGUUCGAGAGAAAAGGUAUAACCAACGAUGAAGCUGAAGAGGCGUUUGUUAAGCUUGCCAAGCAAGCCAUUGCCAGCGGAAAGGUGAUUCUCUUCGGCUCCCUUCCAGACAAGGGCCCAGGGGCACAGACAUCAGAAUUCCUUCCCAUAGGGAUGGACGGCGUCCUCAAGAUCGGCGCCGCCACCCUCCACGGGCAAAGUUCGGCUGAAAAUAUACAUUCCAACCCCGAUUUCCUUCUCCCUGGUGAGAGCCUAUUCAGCCCUACUGGGGAGAUUGUCCAGGGUAGCUCAUACGCCACAGCCUAUGCUUCUGGUCUUGCUGCUAUUGUGCUCUACUGCGUGAAAGCACACCAAGAGUUGGAGGAGGUCACAGAAGACGACGAGAUGCAUAAGGCUUGGGAUAUGGCCAAGAGGGUGAAAGGGAUGAAAAUUAUUUUCAACCGUCUUAGUCAGAAGAACUCUGAAUACCGGUCGGACCGAGGUGCUUUUGUGCAACCGUAUAUUGUCUUUGGGCAGGAUUUCAAGGAUUCUCGAGACGACAAGAGGAACGCUUUGCGCAGGAUUGUGACAGAAAUCCUCCCUCCUGACGUCCUAAGGUCUUUCCACAUAGAAUAG